AGGUUUUGUACAAAUUGUUGGCCCUUCCAACAACCCUUUGUUUUUCUCUGCAAAGUUCAGAGUCUCCAAUAUUCUGUCUUACUCCAACUAGCUGAGAGCCAUAUACAUAUAUAUAUAUAAUACUUAAUCUAAGUUCUAGGUAGCAAAAGUAAACCAAAGAUAGUUGAAGAUGUGGCGUCUUCUAGCUGCAGUGGCAAGAAACCUUCAGAACACAAGAAAGAGUUCCAAGGUGGCAGAUGAGAGCAUGUUUGAAGCAGGAAACGGUGUAGAGCUAUUUGGACAUGAGAGGGGCAGAAGACAACAUGGUUGGGGGCUUGUGUGUAGCAUUCUUCAAGCCCCCAUAUCAAUACUCUCAUGUGUUUCUCAGCCUCAGGUUAAUAAUGGCUCUGAUGGGGUUUGGGUAACUGGGGAAUUCUCACAAGUGUCUGAAAUGAACCAUCUCAUGUUUGGAUCAUAUAUAUGUAAUACACUAGGUGAUUGAAUGGAUCAGCCAAAGUUAUGACCUACUUUUUGGUGUGUAUUUAUUUUCAUCCCAUUUUUCCAUUGUUAAUAAACAAAGAGGUGUAUAUAUGUAUGGAAUUGAGAUAUAGAGUGUGUUUGAUUUGUAGUUGGCAAGCCUCAAACGUCCAUUCAGCAAUUGUCACUUCUUAUUUAUUGGAAAGUGAGAAUUUCUGUUUACAAGGAUGCGAACGGGUUCAUAAUCAUGUAAAAAAUUGAAUGAAACCCCCCUCCCCUUUUUCCAUUUUUA